UGCACUUGUGUCUCUAGGCAGCAAUGGUCUUGUGUCCUGUCCGGGGACAUACCCCUUCGCUUUCUUGAGCGCAAUGCUUCCAGGAUAGGCUCCGGUUCACCGUGACCCUGCUCAGGACAAGCAAUUAUUGAAAGUGAACGGACGUAUGUAUACGCAGUAAAAAGUAGCGAGCGUGCGUUCCCAAGAUUGACCUUCAGUGUCUGUGGAUAGAGGCUGUAAAAUUAUUGAUUCCAGACUGUUUGAUUCCUUUCUCCAAGGUGACCGCAAUGUGAAUGUGGAAUAAUCACAUUUCAAACAACUACCCCAUUUCCACAGCUGGGUAUAUUUUCACUUUCUCACUUCAGAGUAAACAGCUGAAGAGUAACGUGCAGCACGAGUGGGAUUCGAACCCCCACUCCUCAAGCAGGACGGUGCGCGGCGCCCCAGUGACCAGUGCUGUUUGUGUGCGGAACCGCGUUCGCACCGGACCGGACCGGACCGGACCGGACCGAACCGAACCGAACCGAAGACGAGAGGAGAGGUCGGAUCGGCUCCUCCUCGCGCGCGCCGUUUCGUUGCGUUUCUCUUUAAGGAGGUCCUGCCAGCGAAACCCUUCCCCCUUUUUAACACACCCCUCCCUGCCCUGGCGCACGCUGUCUGCGAGAGUGUGUGCAGUGUCAGUGUGUGUGCGUGACCGCGGCGCAAUAACAAACAGCGCUCGCUCAUCCUCGCAGCGCCGGGGAGCAGCAGCAGGCAGCAGCACCAUCCUCAUCAUCUUCUUCUUCGUCGCCACCCUCCUCUUCCUCCUCUCUCUCCCCUCAGCAGCGCAGCCGCCCUCCCGCGUUCCGUUCGGACAUGAUCCCGGAGGUCCGGAGAUGAGGCUCCGAAAUGCCACCUUCCUAACCGUGUUGCUGUUGGCUCUGUGCGGGUUCCUGUCGCUCUCCUGGUACACGGCGUCCGGCGGCUCCAGAGGCGAUGUGGUGGACGUCUACCAGCGUGAGUUCCUGGCCCUAAGGGAGCGACUUCACUUGGCGGAACAGGAGAACCUCAAGCGCUCCAAGGAGCUCAACCUGGUCUUGGACGAGAUUAAGAAGGCCAUCUCGGAGAAGCAAGCGCUCCGAGACAUCAACCGCACCUGGAGCAGUUUGUCAGAUGAGACCAAGCUGAAGCUCUGGAAUGUGUCCAGCAGUAAGAAUGUGCUGCAGCUACCCAGCAUCUUCCACCACCUGCCCCACCUGCUGGCCAAAGAAAGCAGCCUGCAGCCGGCCGUGCACGUAGGCCAGGGCCGCACCGGCGUGUCGAUAGUCAUGGGCGUACCCAGCGUGAAGAGGGAAGUCCACUCUUAUCUAACGGACACUCUCAGCUCCCUCAUGUCUGAGCUGAGCCCAGCGGAGAGGGAGGACUGCGUCAUCGUGGUGUUCAUCGCCGAGACGGACCAGCAGUACGCCAACGGUGUGGCCGAAAACCUCAAGCGCCUGUUCCCCCAGGAGAUUCAGUCUGGCCUUCUGGAGAUCAUCUCCCCGUCCAUCCAUUUCUACCCAGACUUCUCCCGCCUAAAGGAGUCGUUCGGGGACCCCAAGGAGAGGGUCAGGUGGCGGACGAAGCAGAACUUGGACUACUGUUUCCUCAUGAUGUACGCACAAUCCAAGGGGACUUACUACGUACAGCUAGAAGACGACAUUGUGGCGCGGCCAAACUACUUCACCACCAUGAAGAACUUUGCCCUGCAGCAGCCGUCCGAGGAGUGGAUGAUCCUCGAGUUCUCCCAGCUGGGCUUCAUUGGCAAGAUGUUCAAGUCUCUGGACCUCUCGCUUAUCGUGGAGUUCAUGCUGAUGUUCUACAAGGACAAGCCAAUCGACUGGCUCCUGGACCACAUCAUGUGGGUGAAGGUCUGCAACCCUGAAAAGGAUGCUAAGCACUGCGACAGGCAGAAGGCCAACCUGCGCAUCCGCUUCAAGCCCUCGCUCUUCCAACACGUGGGGACGCACUCCUCGCUGGCUGGGAAGAUCCAGAAGCUGAAGGACAAGGAUUUUGGGAAGCAGACCCUUCACAAAGGACAUGCCAACCCCAUGGCAGAGGUAACCACCAGCCUGAAGACCUACCAGCAUUACACUCUAGAGAAGGCCUACCUUGGGGAGGACUUUUUCUGGGCAUUCACUCCAGUGGCUGGAGAUUUCAUCCGCAUCCGCUUCUUUACACCUGUCCGGAUUGAGAGGUAUUUCUUUCGCAGUGGCAACAUUGAGCAUCCAGGGGACAAACUCUUCAACACCACUGUGGAAGUCCUGCCUUUCGACAACAUCCAGUCAGAGAAAGAGGCCUUGAAGGAGGGACGAGAGAGAACGCCGAAGUACCAUCGCACCGAGGAUGGAUUUAUCAGGAUCGGUAUGUUUCAGAAUGGCAUCGCGGAGGGGGAGGUAGACCCAGCGUUUGGACCACUGGAGGCCCUCCGUUUGUCUGUGAUGACUGACUCACCCGUCUGGGUCAUCCUCAGCGAGAUCUUCAUCAAGAAGGCAGAAUGAGCAGUGGCCUCCCUCGGUACCUCGUAAAUCCAGGAACCCACUCGGUGGAGGCUGGGUCCUUAGCGGCUGCUCUGCCCGAGCUGCAGAAUCUGGUUUCUCCGGCCCGGUCUGAGAGCCCCCCCUCCUGGCACGCUGCUGGCAUGGCAGGCCAAAUUCGAGGACUGACCUCCUGGAGAAACUUCCGGACGAUGAAGGCUCUAGCAGACGGAGGACGCAGUAGACUGUUCUUAUGUGUACAUAUGUUUUUGUUUCAGUACUUGUAACUACACUGGUGAUUGUUUAUGGGCUUGCUGGAUCAUGUUGCCCUUUAAUAAAUUAAUGAAAUUGAAAUGCUGCUUUGGGAUAGAAGACUUUGCUACAGACAAUACCCACUGACCACAAAGUGAUUGCAAUGCCUCUCGAAAUGGAAUUAUUGGGUUAAUUCAUGUCACGUGUUUUAAUGUCCUGGUUUUCCUUUGCCAAAAUAUUGUUGGGUAUUUAUGACUGUACAUACAUGUGCAAAUAUGUAUAUGUAGGGGUACAAACAUAAAUAUAAACACGUCUGUGUGUAUGUAUAUAUGUACGGUAUACAUUCUUUCUGGCGAGAUCUAGAGGAAUGUUCCGCAUGCGUGGAGGAAAUGGCCUUGGAGUCGGGUUCGGGAAGGUACUCGGUCACUUUUAAACACACCGAAGGACGUCGCUUGCGAUCAGUCACUGGGCUGGUGUCGUAUUUGUGAGGGUGCUGUUAUAUGUGAGCUAGAAAUUUGCCUUAAUGCAGCAUGAAGCUAAAAGAGCCCUGUAUAAUUUAGUGAUCUGAAGCUCUUUUGGUUGAGGAUCUCCGUUUACAUUCCUGGCAGAGGCCUCCACACUGGCCACACAUUUACCGCUGCCUCCGUUGUCAUGGACACUAUACACUCUGAUCCCUUUGUUCAGUUGAGACAUGUAGGUGCAGAAGAUGAGAUGUUUUAGUACGUUGGUAUCACAGUAGCUGUUCGUGUGCCCCAAGUGGAGGUGAAAGCAGUCAUCGAGUGCAGUUCUGAAUGUGGCUCGCAGUCCGUUUUUCUUUCUACCCGACACGUCACCUCUGUGUUUAGGGCAUCUCCUCGGAAGAGCAGCCAAAAGAGCUGCCUCUGCCUACGGCCUGCCCCAGAGAGAAGUCUAGCGGGGGCAGCCAAACUACUUGUUUUUUACCACAGCACUGCACUACAAGGUGGUAAAGGCCUUUCCUGCUUUGCGAGCUCAUUUCCUGUUAAAGCGAAGCGAGGGGAGAUGAUCCAAACAGCAUCACUCAGAGUCUCGUCCUCAUCGGUGGUCUUUCGAAUGGUUUCAGGAACCACGCUGAUCCGGUUUAAUCUUUACCUGCUUUCUGGAAAAGGACUUCUGUUGCCUUUUUCCCUUUUCCCUUCUGUAUCCAGCUGUGCUGUUGAGACUAAUGUUCAGUGUGAGUUCUGGAUUAGUAGUAGUGUUCAUGUGAUGUCUUUAGAAGGCGAAAGAAGCAAUGUGAUUUUGGGGUGUGUAAUAAUAGUUCAGACACAGCCUUGAGGGUUUUGAUCCAUCUCGGUGGCUGCUGUAAUCGUUGGUGGUGGAAGAUGCCAUUGGGUUACAUGGGAGUAUGGACAGCUGGUUCUCAUUCGGUGACAUGACCGUGAACCAGCCUUGCCCUGGUGACUGCUGAACUUGCUGUGUAAUAUCAUCCUUAAACUUCUGCUUGAUUGAGAGCAAACCCCACAAACUUUAGCCUCCCUGCUGAACAUGCAAGGUGGGAUAGUUUUUGUAAGUCAGCAGAGGGUGACAUUUUUGAGUUUGUUUUACAAAACCAGAGAUGGGGAAUUGCACCACCUGUCUUUCAGUGUAAAAGCAGAAACGGUGAAAUCAGAAUGUGAAAUAGAGAAGCCUUAUCACACCAAUGUGACUGACAGCUGUCAUGUCCUGCUCUGCUUUCUGUCUAAUAGAGAGUUGUGAACAGGCUCCUCCAACAUAUCUUCAGCAAUGUUGCUUUUUCCUGUAUUCAUUCCAGGUAUCACUCGAAAAGAAACUGGUGAUUUAAUAUGAGACCAUUUGAUAUGAGCUUUUAGAACUCAUAUCUGUGGGACUGAAAAUAGGAUUUUGCAUCAGAGUUACCUAGGAAAUAAUCAGAUCAAUGUGGGGGUAAUUUUUUUUUUUUUUUUUUUUUUUU